CCUCGUCGACUAUGAGCGGCUUCCUCGGCCGGCUCGUCGUGUUCUUCACUGUCUGUCUAAUCUCAUUCAUUGCGUAUACGCUGCAAAUAUUUGUGAUAUGGCCCUGGUAUGGCCGCGUCCUUAGCGUAGAGCUGCUUCAGUUGCUCCUGCCGUUCAACUUCCUAGUCGGUGUUCUCUUCUACAACUACGCGCAAUGUGUUCUCGUAGACCCAGGCAGGGUUCCCCGCGGAUGGGUACCGGACACGAGCGCGGACGGCUUUGAAGUGAAGAAGCUAAGCGGACGACCGCGCUAUUGCCGCGCAUGCGAUGCAUACAAGCCCCCACGCUCCCAUCAUUGCCGACACUGCGAUAGAUGUGUACUACGCAUGGAUCAUCACUGUCCUUGGAUCAAUAACUGUGUCGGUCACUUCAACUAUCCAUUCUUCCUCCGUUUCCUCUUCUACGUGGAUGUCUGCUGCUCCUAUCACCUCUUCAUGCUCGUCCAACGUUGUCGCGACUCGGCCUCGCGAGGGGACUGGACACGCAUAAGCAGCAACGAGCUCAUCUUCAUUAUCCUGAAUUUUGUCGCAUGUGUACCGGUACUACUUGCGGUCGGAGGGUUCAGCAUAUAUCACUUCUACUGCCUCAUGAGCAACAGCACGACCAUCGAAGGCCAAGAGAAGGAUCGCGUUGCCACCCUCGUUCGAAGAGGUAAGAUUCAAGAGGUCAAGUUCCCCUACCAUGUCGGUCGCUUGAACAACAUCAAGUCCGUCCUCGGUGACAAUCCUCUUCUAUGGUGCUGCCCACUCCCCGCACACGGCGACGGUCUAUCCUUCCGUAUAUCGGACGAUGCCGUCAACAAUGGUGUUACCGCGUCCUCCUGGCCUCCCGAGGACCCACAUGAACAGCCCGAAGGCGAUUUCGCAGGACUGCCUUCAUCACCAUGGACAUACGAGAACGGAGGAUUCAAUCCUGCACUUCGACCCACGAACGCCCAAAUCCGCCGAGGAGACUCGUCAGGUUCUCGUCGACGACGACGUGCCGCUGUUCCUCCAUACCACCCAGACUAUCAGGAGGGAGCACAGUAUGAGGAAGACUACUCGUCGAGCGAGGAAUCGGAGGAGUUUCAGAUGCGACAGCCCAUGAUGAGAAGAGGAUCAGAAGGGUUCGAGAUUCGGCAGUUGAGCAGGGAAGAAAUGCUCCAGCGCUAUCUAGCCGAGCAGACCCAGGACAAGUAUAAUCGGUAUGUGCCAGAGCCCGCGUCGGAGAGCGAGGAGGAGGCAUGAUGUAUCUAUGGCGUGGUGUACUUACACUUGUGGACAUUGGGCGUACAAUGCAUACAAUAAUCGAUGUUGCUGUAA